AAGCUCUACUAUGCCUUCCAGCCCAACUGGCAGUAUUGGAAGAAGGGCAAAAAGGCCACCUCUUCCAAGGGAUGGAAGGACACCGACGAGGAUCGCGAGCAGUAUGAGCAGAUGUUGGAAAGGGUGCACAGCAUGAAGCCCAAGAAGGACAAUAAGGGUGGCAAGAAGAAGUCCAAGGGCAUCAAACGCCGCCUUCGUGGGCAGGCCAAGGGCUAUAGCAAGGGCUCCACCAAGAGGGCUGCGAUCACCCCCAAGCCCAUGCCCAAGGCCAAGAAUAUUGCUGGCAAGGGCACUGAGAGGGCAAGCCAGGGCAUGCCCAGGGCCUUCAUGGAUCGCACCCGCAUCAGGGCCGAAGAUGCUGGGGUGGCU